UGGUUACUGAGACUCUGGUCUGACGAAGUGAACGCUCUAUUCCAUUAAAUAUCUUUGCCAAUAGCAAGAAACUGCAGGAGUGUAGACUGCAGAAUUGAUUUUCAGUGAGAUCUUUACUGAGAUCUUGUUGGCUCUUGGAGAGUUAUUGGGAAUUUGAAGACUGCUGUUGUAAUUGUCGACCCGAAGCCAAACUCUUGAUUAUUAAAUUUUGUACAAGAUCAGCAGCUUCUUAUUAUCCAGCUUCAGGAGCAAAGAUGGCAUCUUUACAAGGGCCGGUGGUUUGCCCCGUGGUUCGUGCUAAACAAACUGGAGUUUACACUGUACCUUUUUAUACACCUUUGGGACAGGCUGCUAAAUUAGUUAGAGGUGGAUUCUUUGGGCUUCAAGUGAAUAAUAGGUUCAAUGUACCAAAUCAAACACCUCGCCAGACAAAGGUGAUCAGGUGUACCUUCAGUUCUUCAUCGAAUGGCAAUGGUAGCAAGGCAGGAAAUUUCAGUGAGAAUGAUGCAGAUUACGUAAAUUCCAGUGUGGUAGAAGCAGUUGAGGUGAGGAGUGGCCCAGAUGGUUUCAUGGUCAAGAUGAGGGAUGGUAGGCAUUUAAGAUGCGUGCAUAACAACCCCCAGAGUGGGCAUCUACCUGAUUAUGCUCCACAUCCUGCAAUUGUUCUGAAGAUGGAAGAUGGGACUGGUCUUCUUCUUCCGAUCAUUGUUUUGGAGAUGCCAAGUGUGCUCCUUAUGGCAGCUAUACGCAAUGUCCAAAUUGCUAGACCCACAAUGUACCAAGUGGUUAAGGAAAUGAUUGAUAAGAUGGGGUACACAGUGAAACUUGUUCGUGUGACUAAGAGAGUCCAUGAAGCAUAUUUUGCUCAGUUAUAUAUCUCAAAGUUGGGUGAUGAAACUGAGACUAUCAGCUUUGACCUUCGACCCUCAGAUGCAAUUAAUAUUGCUGUGAGAUGCAAGGUGCCAAUACAAGUCAACAAAUACCUGGCGUAUAGUGAUGGCAUGAGGAUUGUUGAAUCAGCAAAGCCAUCAAUGCAGGCUGCGGCUUCAGAUGGAUUUUUGUUUACAGAACUGGAUAGACCUUCUGGCCAACCAUGCAUUGAAACAAAGGAGUUUGAUCUCUUGCGCAACAUGCUGAUUGCUGCUGUUGAGGAACGCUACCGUGACGCAGCUCUGUGGAGGGAUAAGCUCACUCAGCUCCGAUCUAAGAGGAACUGGACAUAGUGAUAUUGUGGCUGAGAUGUUGCUGGAGGACGGAUUGUGUAAAUAGAAACCCAUUUGAUCGAAGUUGAUGAAGUCGACAUUGUUGGGAAUCAUCAUCUCCACCUUCAAAUAUAUGCAUGUAUGUAGAAAGCUUGUGAAUAUAUGUAUAGGCAAACUUUCAUGGCAACGAUGAACUUUAUAAACACUGUGAUUUCUGCCUGGGUCAGAUAUUCUUGUUUCCAACUUUCUUUGAGGUUAUGCUGUUUCUCUGGCAAAUGGAUUAUCUGUCUAUUCUCUGUUCUGCA